AUGGCCUCUUUCACUACUUGCCCUGCACCUUCACUCGUUGACGUGAAGAAAGUUCUCUUCAUAAUGGGUGCAACUGGCACGGGAAAAACCAAACUUUCCAUCACUUUGGCCAAACAAUUCCCCUCUGAAAUCGUCAACGCUGACAAAAUUCAAGUCUACAAGGGCCUUGACAUCAUCACCAACAAGGUUUCCGAGUCUGAACGUUGUGGCAUUCCCCAUCACCUGCUAGGCAUCAUUGAUGACCCUGAUUAUGACUUCACCAUUGAUGACUUCUGCAAGCAUGUCCUUCUUGCUCUUGAUACCAUCAUUGAAAAUGGACACCUACCCAUUAUCGUGGGGGGCUCCAACAAUUACCUCUCAGCCUUGCUGGAGGACCCUAACAUUGCAUUUCGUUCCAAAUAUGACUGUUUCUUCAUCUGGGUUGAUGUGUCUUUGCCUGUGUUGUUUCCGUAUUUGGACAAAAGGGUGGACGAAAUGGUUGAUGCAGGAGUUGUGGAUGAGCUUCGUGAAGUUUAUGCGGGUGGAGCAGAUUGCACUCGUGGGAUUAGAAGAGCCAUUGGGGUUCCUGAGCUGGGAGAGUAUUUCCUUGUCGAGAAGGAAAUCGACGACGAGGCUCUAAAGAAGAAGAUGCUGCAACAUGCUAUUGUCAAAACCAAAGAGAACACUUGUAAGUUGGCUGAGACGCAACUUCUCAAGAUUCAUAAGAUGGACGAUGGUCUUGGAUGGAGAAUGGCCAGAAUUGAUUCCACAAAAGUGUUUGAGGCCAUUUUAAAAGGAGUGGAUUACAAGCAACUGUACCAAGAGAUUGUGUUCGAACCAUGCAUGGAGAUGGUUACAGAAUUUCUAGAGACAACUGAAUUGAAAAUGGUACCUAGUCAGGAUGGUGAACAAGCCACAAUUUGUGAUUAA